AUGACGACGAUAGCUGAGAAAUCACAGGGCCUAUUAGAUGUAGGUGAGCACUGUGCUCUAUGCAAUAAAAUUGACUUUCUUCCAUUUAAAUGUCACGAGUGUGAGAAAACAUACUGUAAUGAGCAUAGAAAAGUCCAGGAUCAUGAUUGUGUGCCUGUGAAAACAAAGACAGGUUCAGGAUCAAGUUCUACAAACCGAAUUACAUCAUCUACUAGAUUGGGGUCAACUCCAGCAUCAAAGCAAGCUGUGGGAGCACCUCGUCUAGCAGCUGCUUCAGCUGCCAGUGACAGAGCUCGUAAUACUAGCCAACCCACUAGUUCGAGUGGGGCCGGCAGUUCCAGCUCAUCCACGUCUUCGACACCACCUGCAUUAGAAAGACUAAAGUCAUUAUGGGCCAAGAAAACAUCAUCUUCCUCAUCAAGUGGAGGAACUAGACCCAAGAAAGUGAAUCCAUUAUUAGCAUUAGCAGAACUCAAGAAGUCAUCGAAGGGUGAUGAGAAGAUUCCUACUCAAAAUAGAUUAUAUUUCUAUCUUGUUCGCCCUGCAUCAGAUACUCUAGAUAUAUCUGGUAGGCCGACAACUCGUCCUGAAAAGAAGUUGGCUGUUUUCUUCCAGAAAGAUAUGAUUGUAGGAAGGGCUUUGGACAAGGCUUGCGAACUUCUGGCCAUUACAAACAAGAAUAACACAUCAAACGGCCAUCGGUUAGGAUUGUAUGCCGGAGACGUGUUCAUUGCAUAUAAUCAAAAAUUGUCCGACAGCAUUAAAGAUGGCAUGACCAUUACCGUGAGAUAG